GUGAUAAAGAUAGUACCGUCUCAUUUGUUUAUCAUUGUUUAAUUUUGUGUUUGUUCAUUUUCAGACUUCAUUUGAAUGUUGUGUGGUGUUCUGAGGAUAAGAACACAAAAUUCACUACUUAUCUUGACUGCUGUGUUAGCAAUUCUCAGGACCUUCCACGCUGAUGUACCGGUCAAGAGUUGUAACUUGACCAGUCAAUAUAGAUCCCUUGUUCCUGCACUGACUCAAACUGACCAGUACUGUUCUGUUAUUGCUACGAUGACAUCCAAGUCGGUGGUCAAAUCUGUCCUUAGCGUGGAGCAAGAUGAGGGUGUGGGUGCCCGUGUGCGCAGGAGUGUCGGGCGUGCAGAGUUACGGAAUCUUGAUCCAUUCCUGAUGUUGGAUGAGUUCAAAGACAAACAGCCUGGAGGAUUUCCAGAUCAUCCCCAUAGAGGAUUCGAAACUGUAACCUACAUCCUGAAGGGCGCCAUCAGACAUGAAGACUUCUGUGGCCAUGCAGGUACAAUUAACGAAGGUGACCUACAGUGGAUGACCGCCGGUCGAGGUAUUGUCCACUGUGAGAUGCCGUGGGGUGACGGAAUUACCCAUGGCCUCCAGCUGUGGGUCAAUCUGUCUGCUAAAAACAAAAUGAUCAAGCCGGCCUACCAAGAAUUACUGGACAAGGACAUUCCUCGGACCACCAAGGAUGGGGUCACUGUCAAGGUCAUCGCUGGAGAAGCUUUUGGCAUUAAG